AAAGCACUUUGGCCGGAAUCUAUCUGCGGCUAAGCUGCUAGCUUGGCUGAUAAGGAGCUAGCUCUCCGGUUUGUUGUGGAUGAGGACAGUCGGGCUGUGACAGUGACAGUAGACGUAAGUUGAAAAAGUAUUCUUCUUUGUUUCUGUUGGGUUUAAACCGGAUUGAUUUAGAUUGAAUCCUAUUUCUGAGGGAGAAAGUGGCGAGGGUGGUGGCUGUUAGCAUGUAGCAACGUCGGCGAGAGAAGCAACCAGUCAGUGACAAGAUGAAAUACUAACCCCCGGCUCAAGUAUUUAACUUAAUGGUGUCGUAUGAAUGAUUUUUGGAUAACCUAGAGAAAAUAUACAUAAUUAAUUCUCGUAUAUUCAAAGGUUAAUAAGUCUAAUUUAACGGUACGUGUGUAAAACGUGAGGUGUGAUUACGAAAUGCUAACUUGGAGUUGAGGUUAGCUUGGGUCAAUUUUCCGAGCGUCUUUGCAAAUAACACGUUUUUAUCACGAAACAUCACGUAUCGACUCGUUCAAACACGAGUGUGAGCUGUGUGUGUUGUCAAAGUUAACGUUAGACACAUGUUAGACACCGUUUCCAGGAAAUAGUCGGACUCGUUAAGGGUGGCACCCUUUGCUGUGAUUUACAACUUCCCUUCAUCUUCAAAUGAAUGUAGUAUCUGUUGGUAAACGGAGUUGUUGUUUUUUUUCGUCCAGGAUUUCACUUUUAAGGAGGAAUAUGAGGCUGAAGGAGAUCCAGAGGACUGCCCACCAGGCGUGGAGUCCUGCCGGGCACCAUCCCAUCUACCUGGCUUUAGGAACUUCAGCACAACAGCUCGAUGCUUCUUUCAAUACGACUGCUGCCCUGGAGAUAUUUGAGACGGACUUUUCUGACCCUUCUCUGGAGAUGCAGCUAAGAGGAUCAUUACCGACAGCAAACAGGUCAUUUUUUAUACAAACACUUAAUACGCAAGAUACAACUUCUUGGCAGUAUUGUGAGUCAUAAUUUACCUGACCACAGUGACCUGACUCAGUAUUAGUGUUUUGUCGUUCGCGAACGAUUCGUUCAAAAGAAUUGAAUCUUUUAAGUGAACGUACUGAACCAAAUGACUUCCUUGAGUGACUCGUUCGUUUCUCACUUCAGUUGAGCUAAAGUGAGAAACAGCAUUUCCAGUCGAGCAGCCAGCAAACGAGGGGCUGCAUGUACUGACACCUGAAUCAUUUUGUGAACGAAUCAUGCAUUGAACUACACUCUGUGGAAUCAUUUUUGUAUGUCAAAACUACCCUUUUUUUUUUAAAGCUAAAUUGCCACCACAACAACUUGCAUACAAAAGGACACAGCAUGUAACAAGUGCUACGUUCACACUGCAGGUUAUGAUGCACAAUUUGGAUUUUUUGUUAAAUCUGAUCGUUUUGUGUGGUCGUUCACAUUACAACAACGAAUGCGGCAUUUAAUGUGAACGGAAUGUGUCCGUGAAGUGACCCGCAGGUGCACAAAGCAGAAAUUGCUUUCCGCGCCUGUUUGUGUUUUCGAACAAUGGUGACGUCUGUCGCAUAUUGAUGACGUAUAGGUCGGAUGAAUGCGACCUGAGCAUCCACACUGCAGUCACAUCGGAUACAUAUCCGAUUUAUAUCCACAUACAUACAUGGGUUGGAUUUGAAAAAAUCUGAAUUGCACUGUUCACACUGACAUGAAAAAAUCAGAGCCAAGUAGUGCAUUAAACCCGCAGCAUCCUAUCAUUGCAGCGGUUUGCGAGGGAACGGUGCAUGUUCAGUUUGAAUUCUUCUAAACGUUUAGUGAACGAAUCACUUACUGAGCCCAAUUUACCGAGCAGACCUGAUAAAGAGCAUACCAUAGGACAGUACAGUUAAAACAUCAUGACUUAUAAAAAAGUUCAUUUUUACAGACCUGUUUGCCAAAGAAACACAGCCAAACACUCGUGUCUCCCGGUCCAAGAAGCUAUGAACUGAACUGAAUCCUCAACUGUUCAGCUGUGUAUGAGAAAGCAUCACUCAUACAUGCAAAAAAUAAAAAAAUUUAAAAAAUAUUUUUUUUGAUUGCUCUUGGGGGCCCCCUAUUGGCUGCGGGGCCCAAAGCAGGCGCUUAGUUUGCUUAUGCCUUGUUCCAGCUCUGCCUUUAGUUUUUUAUCUUCCCACAAAGCCAAAAGUCUUCACUCUUACCAAAAAAGCAUGUCUAAUCUUUGUUUUAAAGUAUAUUGGCAGAAUUUUUAAUCAUGUGACUUGUUGCCAACUAAAAUAUUAAAUAACACGGAAUGAUUUAUUACAAUAUUUUAAUCGCUCUGUAUCAAACAGCUUCCUUCUACCCUCUCAUUUAUAGUCUUUAUUAGUGAACAUGUAGCUUUUGCUAGAAUUUGCAGGGGAUUUCUUUGUUCUCCAAAUGAUGUGCAUCAUUACUGAAGCAGCGUUUUGUGGCAAAUUUAACUCACUGUUCUGUGUCCUCCAGGUUGCACAGUAUUGUAUGGGUAAAUUUUGGAAUGGGCGCUGAUGGCACUGGAGGCAGACUGGUCGGCGGCGGUGAAAACGGCACCAUAACUGUUUAUAACCCCGAGGUCAUAAUGAGCUCUGGAGCGGAGGCGAUAGUGGGACAAUCCGACAAGCACACAGGACCCAUUAGAGCGCUCGACUUCAACCCUUUUCAGGUAAACGUCUGCUGUCACAGUCCUCUCUGUCCUUAAUAUGUAGCUUAUACCUAACAUCUAACUCAUCCUUCUCUAUCUCUCCUUUUAUAGAGUAAUCUUCUUGCAUCAGGAGCAAAUGAUUCAGAGAUAUACAUCUGGGAUCUGAACAACUUCAGUAGUCCAAUGACACCAGGAGCAAAAACACAGGUAGGUGUGAGAUUUUUCUUUUGUUGCUGACCCUUCGCCAAAAUAAAAACCAUAACUACCAAACAGGCGGCAUAUGUGAAGAAGAAACGGAAACCACAAGAGAGUUUGCAUCAUGGUGUCUUUUGCCUUUGCCCCCCUGGAGUGAAAUAAACUCUACAUCAAUGUCACACGGCUAUUUGAAUAAACACACAGUGUUUGCAUGGCAAGGGCGUCCUGGUAUUGUGGUUUGAAUACGAGGACUCUGUUUUGGCUGGUUUCCUAACGUGCUCUCUCUUCUCUUUUUAGCCUGCUGAAGACAUCAGUGUCGUGUCCUGGAACAGGCAAGUUCAGCACAUCCUGGCCUCUGCGAACCCCAGCGGGAAAGCAGUCGUGUGGGACCUGAGAAAGAACGAGCCCAUCAUCAAGAUCAGCGACCACAGUAACAGGGUGGGUGAUUCUUUCAUACAAAACACAGAGGUGGUUACUAAGUACGAGACUUUUAUUAAUGCCAUCUACCCCGGUUCUGCAACAUUUACAAAUACUUCAAUGUUAGUGUGACAGUUAUUUACCGCCUGCUCUCACACAUCAACCUCUAUCCAUCAAUCAGUGCAGAAUCUGGCAGUAAGAUUGUCAAAUCACCACAAAUUAUUGGCUUUCAAUGAAGAAAGCUAGUUGGCUUGUUUUGCUUUUACCACUAAACCACACCCUCUAACUUCUGUUUGCAAGGGUAAGUUGGUUUACAUCCAAGUUAUGAGUAAGGCUGCAUUCAAAAAGACUCAGAUUAGAAUCAGCUUUUAAAAAACUUGAUAUAUAAUGUAUUUAAUUCUCAUAACUUUCUGCACAGUGAAUAAAAAAGUAUGCCUCCUGUCAGUCGUACAAUCCAGACAAAUCACAGUGCGUCUCUUUUGCCUCAGACCUUUAGUCAGCAAAGUUGAUAAACUUUGUUGAUUAAAUGGGUGUAGCCAAUAGCUUGACAAACUAAAUCAUUCAGUUUCAAACUGAAGGUAUCAGAACAGCAAUGAAGUGCACUGAACUAAUUUUGCAUUAUCUAUUCUCUAUAUCUGCAAGGUUUAUAAUAAGAAUAGACUUUCUAGUCGUAACAGAGAUUGAAGAAACUUCACAAAAAUUGUAGUAAGUGUUUUUCAGGUCAGACAGUAGUUUGAAUAGUUUUGUGCAGCUGUAGAAAUGUCCAUUUGUCGCUCUAAAUCCUGUCUGUAUGAUGUGUUUCCAGAUGCACUGCUCAGGAAUGCUCUGGCACCCUGAUGUGGCCACUCAGCUGGUCUUGGCCUCUGAAGAUGACAGAUUACCAGUCAUCCAGAUGUGGGAUCUUCGUUUUGCCACAUCACCCCUCAAAGUCCUGGAGAACCACACAAGGUACGGCUUUAACAGUUUGUGGACUGUGGUUAUCAUCCAGAAUAUUCAACAUUGACCCUUUUUUCUUUGGUAUUAUCUUGCAGGGGUAUUCUGUCCAUAUCCUGGAGCCAGGCCGACUCUGAGCUGCUGCUAAGCAGCGCUAAAGACAACCGCAUCCUCUGCUGGAAUCCAAACACUGGAGAGGUAUGCGACACACACCUCAGCUUCUUUUGUGUCUGAAUAACUUUGUCUCAGUAUUGUGACUCGACUACAUUUCCAUGCGCCAUUUCUGUCAUCGAAGGUCAUCUACGAGCUUCCAACAACAAACCAGUGGUGCUUCGACGUGCAGUGGUGCCCCAGGAAUCCAGCCUUGCUUUCAGCCGCCUCAUUUGACGGGAGAAUCACAGUCUACUCUGUGAUGGGGGGGAGCAUGAGGGCUCAGCAGCAAAGCACAGCUGACAAGGUAGGGGAUUUCAUGAUUGGAUGGUUUUUAAUCCCUCAGGGUGAGCUGAGCUCCUCUGGUCGUCCACAAGGUGGUGCUCACGUCAAGGAAAUGAAAACAGAGCAAUCAAACACGACAUGUUUACAGGAUGUUGACAUUAAAGAGGGGUGAAAUGAUUGCUUUAAAUAUCAGCGGCUGAAGAAGAGAUGUAUUUCAUUAACCUGCUGAAUGUUUUCUUAAACAUCUAUCCAAAAAGUACCAAUUUACUCUGACACUGGACCUAAAAUGGUAGAUGUGUCACAACUAGUAGAAUUUUUACUCCUUUAUUUUUCAAGACAUUGAUGUAAAAUUGCAGACGUUGUUUGCAAAUCAAGCGUCGUUAGAUUAACAGUACAUUUUCCUGAACUAACAUCUGAUCGUUCAUUUAACAGAUAUCCUCCUCAUUUGAUGCCAUGGAUCCCUUUGGAACAGGACAGGUUCUUCCUCCCCUGCAAGUCCCCCAGCCCACAACACAGGAAACCAUCAUCCCCCCACUGAGGAAGCCUCCCAAGUGGGUGCGCAGACCAGUGGGGGCCUCCUUUGCUGUGAGUGAGACUUUAAACGUUGUUGAAUAACAUUAUGGAAAAAAGAGCAGUUUUUAACCUGAGGAUCUUUCUUUUUAUUCCAUAGUUUGGAGGUAAACUGAUCACCUUUGAGAAUCCCAAGCUGCCUCCCGUGCAGAGCCCUCAGCCAGUCCCCAGACAGGUGUUUGUGAGCCAGGUUACCACGGAGACAGAGUUCCUUCAGCGCUCCAGGGAGCUGCAGGCGGCGCUGCAGUCAGGCUCCUUCAACAACUACUGCCAGGCCAAGAUUCAGAACGCCAAGACAGACGCUGAGCAGGACAUAUGGAAGUUCCUUCUGGUACGAUUUUGAGUCAUCAAACUCAAUCUGUCAGUCAGUUUUUAAUGUUGUACUUUCAGCUUAUUGAUUUUUUUCUCGUUUGCAGGUAAACUUUGAGGAAGAAGCACGUAUUAAAUUCCUCAGACUUCUCGGUUUUAGCAAAGAUGAGCUGGAGAAAAAGGUAUCCUGCGUCUGAUUUGUAAUCUCAUGUUAGCAUGUGACUCAUCUCCUGUGUCUAAGCUGCUAAAACCUUGUGUUAAAUCAGAUCUCAAAAUGCCUGGGGAAGAGUUUUCAGCACAAUGGACAUGGAGUCGAUGCGAAAGAUCUGGCGGAAAAGAUGCAGCGGCUCUCGGCUGAGGUCGGCGCACGUUUUCCUACAUUUUAUUCCUCAGUUGUACGCCAAGUUUUUCAACCUUUAAUUCAUUUACGGUAUUCUUUGUUCUGUUUCCAGAGGUCUGAUGAAGCUGUUGCCGAUGCGAGAACCUCAGGAUCUGUUUCACCGGCAGACUUCUUCAGUCAGACCCCGAAGGACAACUCCAACUUCCAGAUCCCCAUAUCCUGCGGUACACACUUCAUUAUGCGACGUUAAACAGUUUAUCUCUUUCUGUGUCACGCUUGAGUGUUUGUUUAUGGCGGAUAACCUUGUUGUGCUUGUGCAGACACUGAUGGUUUGAUAAGCCAGGCGCUGCUGGUGGGUAACUUUGAGGGAGCCGUGGAUCUGUGCCUGAACGACGGCCGUUACGCUGAAGCCAUCCUGCUGUCCAUCAGCGGAGGAGAGGAGCUGCUCAAGAAAACGCAGCAGAAGUACCUAAGCAAGCAAAAGAACAGCAUUUCAAUGGUACGAGUGUAUUUAUUCACAGUGGGUCAGUUUGUACAAUCACAAAGAGCUGUGUGUGAAAUGAAUUUGUCUCCUUAUGUAGCUCAUAUCAUCAGUGGUGACUCAAAACUGGAGAGACAUCGUGCAGAGCUGCGAGUUAGACAACUGGAAGGAGGCUCUGGCUGCUCUGCUGACCUACGCUCAUCCUGAGGAUUUCGCCCGUUUGUGUGGUAAGUCACUCGCAGUUUCUCGCACCACAUUUCUGGGAGAACUUUAGAGAACACCAGCACCAGUUUGUUGACAGUGUUUCAUUCUGUAAUCCCUCUGUGAAGACACUCUGGGAGGCCGGCUCGAGAAUGAGGGCACAGAGAAACGCUGCCUGCAGGCCUGCCUGUGUUACAUCUGCUCUGGGAACAUCGAGAAGCUGGUGGAGUGCUGGGCCUUUCAUAAAGACAGCGCCACUCCUCUCGGUCUAGAGGUAAAAGCUUUGUCAGGCUUUAAUUUAAACUUUGCACAACUAAGGCUGAGUCUGAUUUUUAUUUCCUAGAGCUGAAAGACUGUCUUUGUGUCUGUAUUCUUCAGGACCUUGUUGAGAAAGUCAUGAUGCUGCGUAAAUCAAUCGAGCGCCUCCGUAACAGCGAGGUAGCAGUCCAGAGCCCUAUCCUCGCCGAGAAGCUGACAUGCUAUGCCGGCAUCCUCGCCGCAGAGGGCAGCCUGGCCACCGCCAUGACGUACCUGCCAGAGAGUUCAGACCAGGUAAGACAAAAACCAAUAGAGUUAAAGUGUUUUAACUCUCCAUGGAUUGUGAGAAAAACUUUUUAAUGGGUUUGCAUCAUCCGUCCACACAGCCUGGGAUCGUGAUGCUGAGAGACAGACUGUUCCACGCUCAAGGAGAGGCUGCAGGUGGUCAGCAGCCUUCAAACUCCUUCAACAAAGUCAGUGCGCCCGCAGCCAAGCCUGCUCCUGCCGCACAGCCCUCUGCACCGAAAGCACAAGUCAUGGUACGAACAGAAGCAGCAAAUCAAAUAAAUGGAUCAUGCAUUUUGCAAGAUCAACUCUGCUACAUAAUCAUGAAUAUUUUAACUUCAUUCUAAAAUAUUGUGUCUUUUUUAUUUUCUAACCUCAGAGUCAAUACCAGCCUCCUGCUCCCUCUCAGGUUGCCCCUCAACCGCAGCCUCCUAUGCCAUCGGUUUUUACCCCACAGGCUGCUCAAGCGAACACUGGACCUGGAGUCCCACCUUCUUCUCACGCCCUGCCACCCAGCAACACCCGCCCUGCUAUGAGGCCCCCCUACCCACAACAUCCAGCCCCAGCUCCAGGUUUAACACUUGAUUAUUUUGAUUAAACUUAUACAUGUUUGUGGAAAAUUAUAAAUCAAUCAAUCAGUCUUUAUUUAUAUAGCACUUUUCAUACACAACCCCAACCCAGAAAUAAAAAAAAAACAAAGAAUACCCAAAUCUACUCCAACCCAGAAAUAAAAGAAACAAAGAAUACCCAGAUCUACCUUAACCCAAGAAUAAAGGAAAAAAAAAUACUCAAAUCUACCCCAUACCAGGAAUAAAGAACCAAGAAUACCUUAAAUUUACCCCAACCCAGGGAUAAAAGAAACAAAGAAUACCCAGAUCUACCCCAACCAAGGAAUAAAAAAACACAGAAUACCCAAAUUCUCCCCAACCCAAAACUAAAGGAAAAAAAGAAUACUCAAAUUUACCCCAACCCAACCCCUCAUUCCCACCCCACAAUCUAAACGCAACAGAAACAGUAUUAAAAUGCAUCAACUUAAAAAAGUGAUUGAUUUUAUGGAAACGCGCACUGAGGAAACGCCAUUUUAAAACGCAAGAUAGGAAACACUGGAGGUUUAGGUUAAAUACUAAAAACAAAGUUACAUAGAAUGAAAUUUUAGAAAUAAUAUCUAAAAUGAAAUAAGAACAACAGUAAAAGAUACUUAAGUAAGAGCACCAAAAUAGCUCAAUAAAAGACGAUCCUGUCAGUAAAACUAGAAAGUGAUAAACGCUAAAACACAGAAUUUAGUUAAAAGCAAGACUAAAAAUGUACGUUUUGAGUUUGGUUUUAAAGUCAUGUUUGAUAAUGAUUCAAUGUCUUUCCUCAGGUUUCCUGCCUCAACAGCCAUUCCAGCCCCAGCCAAUGUCUCUUGGUGGACCCGCCUUCCCUCCUCCAGGUCCUUCAAUGCCAGCUGCUAACUUAUCAGGACCCCCACCCCCACCUUCCUCAUCAGCUCCUGGAGGCCUGCCCCCCAUGCCCAGUCCGGGGGUUCCGCCGACAAGCUUCAUGCCAUCUACCUCUUUACCAUCAGGCCCCAUGUCGCCCACUUCUCAGCCUGGAGCACCAGUUCCUAUGUACCCAGGUGCCCUUCACAACCAGGGCCCUGCACCACCUCCUAUGGUGUCUGGUCCCUAUAACCCUCUGGGAUCAGGGUAUCCCCAGGGAGGCCCGGGUGCUCCUGCUGCUAAGCCGUUUGCUGCUCCUGUUGCUCCUCCUCCCACAGGUACAAGACAUUUUAAACUCCAUGUUUUAACACGGUCAUAAUCAGAUUCAUCUCAUCUCAUCAUUUGUUCUGUCAUAUCUACAUAUUCCAUAUUUCCUAUGAUCAUUGAAUCAUACUCAGCUGUCCACCUCAUUUGACUUGCAGGCUUCUUUCCCUGGCUGAUAUCCCAGAGUGACCUACAAGGUGACAGGGUUAGGGUUGGUUAUGGAAUAAGAGUGCAUUAAAACAUACGCUUGAGUUACCAGGAAGAAAAAAAACAAACAUUAGAAAAGCAAAAAAUCUGCAACUUUUCGACAGAUUCUUUAGACUCCUGUGUUUUCUGGUAACUCUGUGUAUUUUUGUCAGUGUUCGCUUUCAUGCUUCAGGGAAAUGUAGAGAGCUGGUUAAGCUGUUUGUAUGAAACCCUAAAUCACAGUAUGAAAGAAAUCCAAGACUCAUGCUUUAAAGCUGGCAUGCCCUUUAUCGCACAAUUUUAGAUUAUGACAAGACAGUUUGCAAACUUCUUGUUUAUGUUUGAGCCUAAAAAGUACGUAUGGAAAAUACUUUUAAGAAGUCAGAGGAGGUCUGACACUGCCACUGUUGGACCCCGCCUCAGUAUUUUACCAUACUUGCUGAAACUGCUAAAAUCUCUGGCUUGACAUCAGUUCAUUCUUAGAGCAUUUUUGACAUGUGGACUAACCUCAGCUCAUAAAAAUGUUUUACUGUUUGAGUGAGACUAAAGGAGGAAAAGCUGCUGGUGUCUUUCUAAUAUCCUCCUACCUUUUUUUUCUAAAUUUAGGACCUCAGGAGGGCUGGAAUGACCCACCAGCAGUGCGGGCUGGACCCAGAAAGAAGAAGGUACUUUAACUUUUAGUCAUUCACUGUCCAAAGAGUGUUUUUAGUUUGGGAAUUUACAUAGUUGGUGCAAUAUUUCUACCGACAUCAGCAACAAAAAGGAGAAAAGACAGAAAUAGCAACAAGCUAACUAAAGGCCAAGCUUUUAUAUGAUUAUAUUUGUGUGUUCAGGUUCCUGAGAACUACACUCCACCAGCCCCCAUCACCGCUCCUGUGAUGGGAUUCCCCGUGGAGGCGCCUCAGCCUCACGAUCACACCCAGGUCCCCCCCGGUGCGCCCCAGGAGCCCAACAUGCAGGUUUGUGAGUCAAAAGCGAAUCUAUUUUUGCAUUCUUUACAGGAAAUACGUCAACUCUUUGCAUUUGUUGUCCUCAGGUCCUCCAGCAGCUGCCCGCAGAGAGGGUAGAGCAGAAAGAAAUCCCAGCCGAACACAUGGUCCUCAAAUCCACGUUCGACAGCCUGGUGCAGCGCUGCCAGCUCGCUGCAAGAGACCCAGUAGGUUUCGCCUCAUGUGGGACAAAAUUAGAGAGAAUUAAAGAGGAAAUGUGUUUUUUUUUUUUUAUUGGAUGUGAAAUGACCACAAAUGUUUUACUUUCAGCAAACAAAGAGGAAACUGGAUGAUGCAGCUAAACGUUUGGGAUACCUUUAUGACAAGCUGAGGGAGCAGACGGUAAGAAAUAGAUCAUAGAUCAUCAUAAUAGAUAGUUAUCAUUCAUUUUUAAAUUUUUCAAUAGUUCGGAAAAAUAUUCAGACUAAGUUUUUACCCGGCUAACUAAAUAUAUGAAAAGUUACUCAAUUGAAAAUAGGGCCCGACCGAUUAUUAGGGGGCGAAAAAUUUGAUUACUGAUUAAUCGGAUGAUUUUUUUAAAUUUUUAUGAAGUUAUAAAAAAUAUAUAUAUACACUGUAGAUAUCUAGCGUAUACUAUAUACUGUAGAUAUACUGUAGGCUACUGCUCUUCACGCCGACAGGAAGACUGAGUGAUCAAACUCGGACCAGAAUGAGAGAAGUAGCUCGAUCACGUAAUGUGUACUGUUGUUUAUUCUACCGUUACUGGCACGGCUAACAGUGUAGCAAGGCUAACAGCUGAUGGCUAACUCUAACUUUAGCUUGCAUAUUACAUGGUGCUUCACUGUUAAGUCGGCGUGACCGAGACCAGCACAGCACAGGGGAGCAUCAUGAAGUGGGUUGAACUGAAACCCAAAUAUCGCCAAUUUCCGCCGAUAUUUUCAGGAAUAAAAUUUGACUUAUUGAGUAUUUCACAAACUGGUUUAUUUACCGUGCGUCCCUGCAGCUACCUGCUUAAGAUCCGUCACUCUGCUGUGCUGUGAGGUAGUUAGUGGAUGAAGACUGUCAUGAGGUCGAAAUAUAUCAGCAAAAAUCUGCGAGCUUUGGCUGCUUACCGAUUAGUCUCAAACGGGCUAAAAUUGGCCAAUUUAAUCGGCUCGCUGAUAAAUUGGUCGGGCCCUAAUUGAAAAUAAGAUGCUUGAAAAUGUCUGUGUCGGGUAUGUUUAACACAGUAACUGUCUUCCUUUAACCUCCCAGCUGUCCCACAACAUCCUGAACGGGCUCCAUGAGAUCGGCCGCUGCGUCGCGAGUCAGAACUACCAACGCGGCCUGGAGGUGCACACCCAGGUGGUCAGCAGCAGCAACUUCAGCGAGAUCUCCGCCUUCAUGCCUAUCCUCAAAGUGGUCAUGACCAUCGCCAACAAACUGGGCGUCUAACCCCCUAAAACCAGCCCACCAACCAGACUUCAGUGUUAUCAUACUGUUAUAUAUGUAUUUAUUUCUCUUUUUUUGACCCGAGGACGUGCUUCGAUAAUGAGAGUAAUCACUGAUGAUAUCGCUGAUUGUGGUCUUCACUCCAUGGUUUUUUCUUCUGGAGGAUUCGGCUGAGGGGAUGUUUUUUUUUUUUUUUUUUUUUGUAAAGACAUGUCAUUGUUGCUGUGGUAAUUUUACAAAAAAAACAAAAAGAUGAAUGUAUUCUGAAAGUAGUGAUUCUGUGUAAAUUCAACAGUUUAUGUAAAAUGCAAAGAAAACGGUGAAACGUUUAAUCCAAGGUGGUGUGUGUAUGAGUAGGUGCUUUUUCACAGUCCAAGUUACACUCCGUACAUGUGCAUACUCACUACAACAGCAGUGGAGGAGGUUCUGAUUGGACAACAAAACAACAGGGGGUAUAAGCUCCUACAUAGAGUGUAAAGCUUGAAUUAAAAACCUCGGUUGCACUUACGAUCCUUCCUGUUGGUGUAGUUUGUAUGAGUAAGAAAAAACAUUUUCUGAUUUUUCAAUCAACAUUUUACAACAAGCAUUAAGAGCUUUUAAAAGCUCUGGAACUAAGCGAGUACUGAUUGUUUUCUUCACCUGCUGUGACAGAUUGUGUCGGUUCAUUGUGCCAUGAGGAGGUUUGGGCCAAAGCACUGCAAAAGAAUCCCAAACACUGAUUGUGAGUUAGCUGUUAAACAUUAUCUUCUUUUUUUGUUUAUUUAGCCCUAUUAGCACUGAUGUCUUCUGUUUAGCUCGUCUAAAUACUUCUUUUUUUUUUUCCUCCAUGUCGCUCACUGCUGAGUUCACAUGGCAGCUCAUGAACAAACAUUAAUUUAUGUUGGACUGAAAAUACUUAAUCCUCCAUGUUUUUGAGAUGCUUUAACUCAUAUUUCUACCUGGGCUGCAUCCUCUCUUUUUCUAACUCUGAAUUACUUUUUAAGAAUAAGUUGUACUUCGUUUUAGAUUAGACUGUACAGUCCUACAAACCUGAAUGAAAUGAAAACAUGUAAUACUUAGAGGUUUGUAGCUGGACAUGACGCUGGAUAGUUUGGUGUUUCAUGGCAGCAGCAGAAGGCAGUGAAGUGCCUCCGUGUGCUCAUUUUGGUUGCACAGAUAUUUAUACAAUCCAUGUUGCUUACUUUACUCAUUGCAGGAACUUUUUCAAAUAAAACUUCACGUCAAAGCUUUUAGACUCACUUUAUUGUCUUGUGGAUUUUUCACCUCUGGUACUUCUUUUGCUACAGCUUUAAGGAAUAAAGUAUGUUAUUUAAUGGGUCAUAAGUCCUUGAAUUCCACUUAAAAGUCUGGUAUGAAGCUACUAUAAGGGUAUUCAGUUUGUGUUCAUUUUGCAGUUAGAUUUGAUGAUAGUACAGUGUUUUUCAUUGUGCAUUUCCAUGUUUUUCUCUGUGUAAUGAAGGACAUAUUUGUGUAUUUCACUCACUGAUUAUACACAGUUGGGUAGGGGAGAGUGGGGUAAGAUGAGCCAUUUAUGUAAACAUAACUGUCUUGAUAAUACAGCAUGCCAAAAAAGUGGUCUCCUAUGGUCAAUUUACCCUGUGUAUGGGGUAAGUUGACCAUAGGAGCGGGGUAAGUUGAGCCGUAUCCCUACUAUCCCCCAACUCUCCACCCCAGCCCUCCCUCACCUUCUCUCUCCCUAAAUAACAGUCACUUCUUCACAUUCAUGUGUAUCUUUAUCUAUUAUACACUAGUCAACUGGUACAAUAAUUCUUUUUAUUAUUAUUAAAGAUACCACAAUUGAUGUAUAAAACAAAUUCAAAAUGAUCUUUUUUGGUCUGAACACAAUUCUAAUCAAACUAACGACACACUACAUCAAAUUGUUGGAGAUGUAAAUCUGAGGAAGGUCAUCUGAUUCAUGUAUUAUGGUCCUGUGACAAAGUUCAACAAUUCUUGGGCAAAGAUUUAUGAUUAAUCCAUGUGAGAUUACAGAGACACAAUUCCCAUUUAGCCCUAGAUUAUUUGUUUUGGGUGAUCAUUCAGUUUUGACUGGACAGGGAAUCAUAUUAAAGGCUGGAUCCAAACUAGUAUUAUGAUUGGUAUACAGGUACUUGUUAGGGGUUGGAAGACAGAGGGGGAGUGCUGCAACAAUGGCACAAGUUGCAGCAUUUGAAAGUGUCAUAUACACAAAUGGGUAGAAUGGAUCUAUAUGAAGGAAAGUGGGGUAAAUACUUACAUUUCUCAAAGGGCUCCUGAAAGGGGUUAUAUAGUGGAGAGAUGCAAGAACUGAGUUUUUUAUGUGAGGUCUGCAUACCUGCGCUUUUCCUUUCCUUUUGUGUAUGCUGUAUUUACAGAAUCCAGCUAAAUAUGUGCGUUUAUGUAUUUGUACAAGGAUAUGUGUAAGUGAUUAAGUAGAUUUGGGUAUUUCCACUCAAGUGUAUUGAUAGAUACAUACACUUUCAAGAGUGAAAAAUGUCUAUUUGGAAAUAAAUGUCUAACCUCUUCACCCAUGUGCUUCUAACCUUCACAGACUCCAUGAAUUGAUGCCCAUCUCCUAAGUAUUUGGUCACAUUAUCAAUUUCUUUUACCAUUUCCAAGCAACAAGGGGGUGGCUCAACUUACCCUUUGGCUCAACUUACCCCACUCUCCCCUACAGCUCUUUUCUCCUGCUGACCUGAUACUUGGGGAGUCUCUGUAUCCUACACAUUUGCAGGUAAAGGUAUUCAUCUCAUUCCUCACUCAUCAAACAAGAAUUUCCACAAAGGAUAAUGUCAAUAAAAGCUGUUUCUGCACCGCGCAGUUUAUCACUCUGUCUGACAGCUACCUUGUGGCGCAGGCUUUAGGCCUAAUAAUGACAUUUAGAGGUGAUAAAUCUUGACUUUUUUGGUUUUUUUGUUGCUCUUUCAGGUCACACAGGGGCGUCAGUGUUAAUUUCAGUGUGUUUUACGACCACUUCCUCUUCAGACCUUUAAUUUUUUGACUCUCUAGAGAUCACAGCACCUCCCUGCUCUGAUUCUAUAGUUUCUCUGCCUUGUAUGUGAUUUCCACGUUGGCCAGUGGAGGUCUCUCUUCUCCACACCCUCGUGUUUUUUUUUUUUUCAUUUGCACCAUCACAGUAGGCUUCCAGCAUUAUCAGCCUUUCAACAUCCACGCCCACGCCCACAGGUGAACUGGGCUGCAGCUGCAACACUUUUCUCCUACUUACACGAAAUCCCUUGAAUGCACCACCGUCUCCAUUUGCAACUUUUUUUGAUUUUCAGUUUCUUUAAUGUGAAAACCCUCCGAGGGUGUGAAGCAGCAGUUUACAAGCUGGCACAGGUGGUUCACGCGCUUUUCGUCCAUUGGUUCAGGAGGAUCAUAAGUCAGGACCUCGCCUGUGAUUGGCUGGGUGGAGUCAGACGCUUUGGGAUUGCAGCGCAUGUUUUUUUUUUUUCUCUCGGUGGGGGUUUGAACUGCAGUAACCCCGGUCAGUCAGUCUGGGGUGAUGUUUUCAUGAUGUUAAAUUCAACCCAUCACACCGCUGCUGCGCCCUGAGUCACGCUGUUCAUGGGACACUGAGGCUUCAGGAGAUGAGUCAGUCAGGCUGCACUGACAUGGAUCUUUCUCCACAGAACAUUUACUCAAGAGUACUUGGACUUUUAUUGUGUGUUUGACCUUCUUUACCUCUUCCUCCCUUUUACUCCACAUAGUUUUGUAUUUUGUCUUCUUUUUUCCUUUAACUCCUUUAUCAUCAUGUUGAAGCAAAAGUGCUGAUGCAAAAACAAGAAAGUAUUGAGAUAGGAGGACUUUGACUGAACAUCAAACUGAGCAUCAAAAAAAUAGACUGAAAUUUAUACUGAUGACUUAAAAUUGUUUUUAAAAAGAAGCAACAUUAUCAGUGACAUGAUGGAUGAUUUUUGCAUUAUAGUUUUAAAUGCCCAAAUGUGUUGCAAGGGGGGUAGGUGUCAGGUAAAUAGUUUGGGAAACAGCCCUGUUUUUACACCGUACACAUAAAAUAUUAAAGAAAUGAUACAUUUGACUGUCAAAAGUCACCAAGAUGGGAAUUCGUAAAAUUAAUUUGGGGUCAAACCCACCGUAACUCUGAGUUAGACACCCCCUCAAGAGAUUAAUGUUGCUGACCACUUGUUUCUCUAGUUAUACCAAUUUUAGCAACGACCACAUGAUCACAAUACAGAGAGCCACGUGCUCAACCAAAACGCCACUCUAUAGCCACAAAUAAUGCUCUGAACAGCACCUAACUAAUAUAAUGUUCAUAAAUGUUCUUCUUUGAGCUGCGCCACCCCGCUGCAUUCGAUGGACUCGCCCGAGGUCUCCGUACAAACAACAACUGCUGGAAGAGAGUAGGUGAGUUGUGUUUAGUCUCUUUGCUAAAGAAACCAGGCAAAGCUAAAAAGAUGUUUGGUGGCUAGUGCUGUGGCUGGGACCCUAUAUGUACUGUUGAUGAAGUUAGGUGCUGUUCUGAGCAUUAUUUGUGGCUAUAGAGUGGCUUUUUGGUUGAGUUUUUUUAUGGCUUCUCAGACUGCUGUGUAUUGUUAUCGUGCGGUCGUUACUAAAGUUAAAAAUUAUUUGAGGUACAAUAAGGAGUAAAAGAAAUUCACUUUUACAAAUGCUGUUUGUUUUUUUAAAUGAACAAAACCACCAGCUAUCUGAUUGUCUGAACAGGACUGGAGGACUUAAAGUGACGUUUGGGCACUAAUGGCACCAUCCACUCAGCAUGCACUCUCUAACCCCUAAGGAGUCUGAUGUAAUACAUAAACUGGUGUCUCAUCAGCACACUGGUUCUACAUUCCUCCAAGCCCUGUGUAAACCAUCUGACACAUUUCCAGAGUGCUUUCUUCAUCUGCUGCACACAGGAGAAAAUAACUGCAGUAUGAAACAGUCAGGAUAUGCUCAGUCAGAGGCAGAGUGGAGGUGUUGAGUUCCUCUUUUACCGCAGAAUGAAAACUAAACUAGAAAGCAGAAAAUCUACAGACAAGUUGAAAUGAGAUCAUUACCAGAUUGUUAUCAUUUGAGUUCUCACAGAGAAAAAUAGAGGGGAAGACUACUAGAUUUCACUUGAGGCAAACUAGCAAAACUUUUUUUAGAACAACUUUGACUGCUUCUUUUUGAUGGUACUUUUUGUUAAUGUCUAUCAAAACAAAUCACAUCUUUUGGGCUGACUUUUUAAAGCACACAAAGUUUCACAAGAUUCAUUAAAAGCUCCUGAAAUAGGCUGAAAUUCUUACUAAUGCCUUGUUGUGGUAUCCUAAAGCAAACAAGACCAUCAGCUACAACACUGAUCAUUGUAUCUUGUCUUUUUUAAUGCAUGAAACUAGAACAAGAAGGUAGAUGUUAGAUGUUUAGCUGAAUUUGCACAUUGAAUCUUUACAAGAAAUGAUAGUUUAAGGUGCAUUCAAGUUACCUCGGAAAUCAGAUGUUGGAGCUGAAAAUAACGCCACACCCGAGUUACCAGCAUUUCAGUUACCAAGUUGAAAGAAAGCAAAAACGGAGGCUGAAACAAGAUGGCUACAUCUACGAAAGUUAUUCUAGUGCUUACCACAUAUUCGGACAAGGCAAGUGCUAAAAUAACUUUCGUAGAUGUAGCCAUCUUGUUUCAGCCUCCAAUUUUGCUUUUUUCCGACUUGGUAACUGAAACAUUGGUAACUCGGGUGUGACAUCAUUUUCAGCUUCUGACUUUAGCAUUAGCCUGUCAAAAGUCAACAGAAUGAGCUUUUCUCUCAAAAGGCACAAGAAAACCACAAGCGGCACCAAAACUGACACAAACUGAAAGUUCCUUACCGUAGCUUUAAAUAAAAGUGUGAGUUGAUUUUAAGUGUUUGCAGAUUUGUAGGUAUUGUGAAGCGGUGCACAGUAUGCUGUGGGACAAAGUGCAUGUUCCCCACUACUUUUAGAGAAAUAGAUGAAUUUUUAAUAUGAGGUGGGGUAGGUAUCAGAUGAAUGCCUGAAGAAAAACUUUUUGUAGAGUUUACAUUCACUGGAUAAAGUUAUCUGAGGAAUAAAAGAUACCGUUUUGUCAGGGGGUGCCAAAGCCAACACAAAUCAAAAGUUACUUACUAGGGCUUUAAAUAUCAGUGAUGAUCAUUUUGAUGGGAUUCGUUUUAUCUUUGAAAUCCAUGAAGUUUGAGUUGAUUUGUGGUUCCCUAGGACUAAAAAGAUACAAUCUCUUUGCUGGUUUUGUUCUGUACAUGUCUUGAUAGUGUUUUGAAACGCAAAUAUUAGCUGAUUAACUUUUAACAGUCCAAGGAUCCACUCAUGGAGAACCUUUGUAGUUGAAAAUGUAAGAAAAUGCAAAUUCAAAUGUUACACUUUAUAGGACUUUGUGUUUUGUGGAUCAUUUUAACAUUUUACACAAUAUUUUUAUUCUAAUUACAUUUUUGAGCACCUUCUUUAUCUUCUGAGUGAAGAUAUCCUGUCAGUAUUUAGAGAUAAAUUCAGCCACAUAAGUGAAGGUCUCUUUCCCAACACUGUCAUAAUGAAGCCUGAGCUUGUCCCCCGUUCAUCAUUUGAACAGCAGCCGCUCUGACAGCGUCUGGCCUCAUUCUUCACAAAAUCAAGAUUAAAUACUUCCCGCUGCUGUCCAGACUUAACUGGGCCUGCAGGAGCAGCUGGAUCAUCUGUUUCACUUCUGACAGACCCCGUCAUGACAGCUUACAGAAAAUAGACUCCAACUAAAGACUCUGAAAUUAAAUCCAGGUCCAGAUGGCAGAUAGGUUUUUAAAUGUGUGGAGGAAUCUGAUGCCUGUGAAAUAUGUCUAUAAGAAGCUCUGCAGGGAGAAUCAUCUUGCUCUUAAUCAAGGAUAAACUCUCAAGUGUUGAGCCAGGUCAGAAAAAAAGACACCAUGAGUAAAAAAAGAAGAGAGACAAGUGUUAAUGGAAUUACAAGUGUAUUGAAAAUAUUGUGAAUUUUAUUUCAGAAUAGAGUACAGUUGAGAUUUGACAGAAUCAUUCAGAGUGACAACCUUUUUUUGAUCCUCAUCGCCGUUGGGAAAAUGUUGAGUUUGGCGCUAUGGGCUGCAGGAGUUGUCUGCAUGGCUUGGUACAUAUUGUCAGGUUUGUUUGGCGCUGUGAGACUCUCAUGUCAGCACCUUCAAUUUGUUGAUUUCCUAUCAAGAUGCCGUGAUGGGUUGGAAACUAGUUGGCACAUCCACCAGGCAUUCAUUUAGCAAGUAAAUCUGUCGAUUGAACGUUUGCACGAGGAGUUGAGUUUGUAUCAAACACCUGUUCUCCUCCAUUUGCAUUUACAGUACUUAUAUAUUUUCAUGCUACCAUUUGCCUAAAAUUAAAGUCCAUCUGGUGCUUCAGCCUGUAAACAUGAACCUCAUUCUGAUUCAUUUUGUGGUACUUGAACCUUUUUUUUUGUCUUGACGUGACGUAGAUCAGGAAUGGAUGCAAGUCAUAAGGCAUUUGGUUGUUUCCUGACUCUUGGGGAAAAAACAAACAGGUGCUUUUUAGUUCGUUACGAGACUGUUGGCCAAAUAUUGGAGUAGAGAAAAUCAGGUUUUUCGUCAAUAAGGAUAAAAAGAAAUAAAUACAUAAAUAAGAUAAUAUAGGCAUUCGGCACACCAGAAUUGAACAUAAACAUUGAUGCACCUGAAAUUUUGCAGUGACAAUCAGCGUUUGAGGACAUCGAAAGGGAAACCAGACCCCAUCUCUGAAAGCGAUGCAGCUCCACAGUACGUUACAAAAAUAGACUGCCCGAAGAGUCACCGAAGAAACACCUCACUAUGACACCUACUACAGAAUAUCGUCAUGCACGGGGUGGGGUUGGGGGAGUGGGGUGUUUUCAUUUGCAACGCCAGAACUGACACAUGACUGGCUGCUACAUCCACCAAUCAGAUCUGGGCUAAAGAGGGAUAGAAGGAGCCUGAAAAAGGAAGCGAAGCCACAGAUGCCGCACAGUUAAAAGUACUUCCACCAUGAUGUUAACUGAAGAAGCAAUAUCGACUCAAUGUGCUCUGUUGAAAUGGUUAGAAAUAUGUCAACAAUUGGCACGUUCUAGCACUAUGUUAUAGUCAGUAAAAACACAAAAACUCAAUCAAACAUCACAUGGUUUCAAGUUAAAAUCACAUUUGUCUCUUUUGAUGGCAGUUUUCUGAGUUGUUGAUAAGUGUGUCACUUCAUUUGUCAAAAGAAAACCCCUCGUUUGGUUACACGCUGGAAUAAACCGCCCCCUUUUGGGAUACCACUUGGUCAGUAAAGAUAAAAUAAAAAUGGUCUGGGUUCCCUCACUCUUCAAAAUGUGCCAUGUUCUACUAAAGCAAACAACUUUCUCUUCAUUAAAUGUUUUUUUUCCUGCUCUUCAGGUGCUUCAAAUUUCUAUCAGAACUGGAAAAACUCGCUGUAAACCGCAAUAAAGGCAACAGUCUCCAAUCAGUAUCUUUCCCUUUCGGUUGUAACUCCUCAUUUCUGCGCUCCGCUUGCUGUCUACUUGAAUUUAACAAUUGAGUAAUACUUACAUAAAAAUGAUCAGCUACAUGGCGUUGCAUGAAGACAACAGAAACAGCGGAGAAUGAAGUUGACUUUCAAAAAAUUGAUCUACUUCAAAAUCUAAAACAUCUUUGCAACACUUUGGCCCAUCUGAACAGAAAGAAACCGAGGCCAAGAGCUUUGCAAGAGGUGUUGGGUUGUUUUCCAUCUUGAACAAUUUUGUUUAGUUACAGCUACAAAAAACCACAAAAACAAGCAAAAUGUGGUCGAGGCCCUCAUGAAGCUGACUUGUUUCCUCAGAGGAUGAAGAAUGUAGAGCUGUCAAAGGACUGUGAAACUUCUGCUGUUUCUCCUUGAAGCUGGACACAGUUUUCACAAUCUUAGCCACUCCGGUGACUCCCGUCUCCCGUGCGCUGUAUUCGGGCCAGGACCACCUCGCGGGACACCCUCUUACGGUCCUUGGCUAAGCCCAGGAAGCACAUGAGGUCGAUGAAACAAGUGGUUAUGUUCAACUUGCAGCCAAACUCGCUGGUUGCAUAGUCGAAGGGGAAGGAGUGGUGGUAGUUGUGGAAUCCCUCGCCUGUCAGAUGCAAGAAAGAGUGGUCAAUGAAUAAAGGUUAAAAAUAUGACACAGGAUAUGAUGAACGCUGCGGAGCUACAGGAUUUCAUUAGACAUUAAAGUGAUUAAUGGCUGUCUUAGAGUAAUAACUAAACAACAUUUCUCUUAUCUAUUUGAAUGCUGCUGAUUUACUUUACAAAAACAGGGUGAGCUGUUAAAUUCACAUUCACAUAAGGACUAGGGCCAGUUUUAGCCCGUUUGAGACUAAUCGGUAAUCGGCCAAAACUCGCGGAUUUUCGCCGAUAUUUUCAGAAAUAAAAUGCGGAGAAUACGAUUCGGGUUCACUUCGAAAAUGUUCCGCCAUUUUAAAAGUUCCCAGACUAAUCCUGUAGAUGGCGCAGCGACUUUAUAUCAAUCUUCAUUCACUAACUACCUCACAGCACAGCAGAGUGACGGAUCUGAAGCAGGCAGCUCAGGGACGCACGGAGGAGAGUGGUCCGCCUCAACGGUAAAUAAACCGGUUUGUGAAAUACACAAUAAGUCAACAAGUUUCAGUUCAACCCACUUCACGAUGUUCCCCGCUGUGCUGGUCUCGGUCACGCCGAGUUAACGGUGCAGCACCAUGUAAUAUGCAAGCUAAAGUUAGAGUUAGCCAUCAGCUGUUAGCCUUGCUACACUGUUAGCCGUGCCGGUAAAGGUAGAAUAAACAACAGUACACAUAACGUGAUCGCGCUACGAACUCUUACUGAGGCAGCUGCAUGUCUCCAAAUGAGACCGGACCGGAAAUGAGUAACGUGAGUUAAGAUAAUCGGUAUCGACAUCGGCCCCAAAAAAUCCAUAUCGGUUGGGUCCUAAUGAGGACUUCAAAUUAUGUGCUAUUCUAAAAGACAAAGCAGACUUCUUCUGUGUGCAAAGCUGGACUGGCAGCGCUGAUACUGUUUGUGCUGGGAUUGACUGUGAGUAACUGCAGUAUUUGGCUUGGUCUACACCUCGUUGUUGUUGUGCCGAUAUCCAUGGCUGAAAAUGUAAAGCCCUCAUUUUCUGCUGUAUGUUUUGGAUGCAAUUAUCAGAGUUGGAAAUUAUGCUUGUUUAUAAAAGAACACAACUACUUUGGAAUAAGACCACUCAAUGGUUCAAUGUUUUUUGUACUUUGCAUUUGAUUUAAAGGUACACUGCGUUGAAAUGGGAAUACUCAACAGUCAGAUUAUCUCACUGUUAGAUACCAGAUUGACACGCCCCUUUGCUCACCCCACCUGUUCGUCAAAUGAUAAAUUCGACAGUCAGUGCGUUUACAUGCAGUUCAAAAUAGUCAAUAUUUUACCUUAGUUGGACUGAAACGGAACUUUUAAAAACAUGAAAACUUGUUCGUCUUAAUCAUAAUUCCACUAAAACAAACUUCUCGUAGUCAGACUAACAUACCUGGGUAAUGCAGUUAGGGGUCUAUUUUCCAUGUCAUAUAUACGGUUCAAUAAAAAAACAAUAAAACAGCCCCCAGUGUUCACAAGCCAAGUUCUAAGCCGAAGGUUGAAUAGCAUAAAUGUGUUGCUAAGCAGCCAGGUAGGAAACGAAACCUUGACAGAUAAAGAAAGGACGUAAAAAGAAGAAACUUUCCAGUGAAAGUGGUGGAGUUCUUGUUGAUACACCACAAUUCCUUCUUGCUAACGUGCCGACUGUUUUGGUUUGUAAUAUCUCAGUCAUAUGAUAGUAACAAACUAAAAGGGGGGCGUGUUGCAACCUGCUGCAGCAGAGGAAGGCACGCAAUGAUUUAAAUCUUACCUGGUGCAUGUGAACUGGGGCAAAGAGCAUUGACUGCAGCACAAUUUAUCCGCGCAUAUAAACGUACUGAGUGACUUUUAAGGAAAAGAAGCUACACAAAAAAAUUCAGAGUAAAGCAUUUGGAAGCAUCUUCAGUGUAACUGUCUGUUGAACUAUUUUCAGUAGAGUAAACUAAGUGAAAUCAAAGUAGAUCUAGUUCAUUUAGAGAUUCUUCUGGGGUGAGUGGAGACCAGUGAAGUACAGUGGAGCAACAUUCAGGCAUACAGAAAACAUAUAAGAGUAUUUUGGAUGAAUUUGGGUAUAGAGUGUUCAGAGUUGCUUGUGCAUUUUGUGAUAAUCCUCUUAUGAACUUCACAUGGUCUCUUGAAAUGUCAAAGCAGCCGUAUGUAAAUAAAGAGUGUGCCUAACAGUCAAUGUAAGCCCUCUAAACUUAAAUGUUAACUCUCUUUAAAGAAGGACUACAACAGCAAAAUGACACAUUUAUAUUGACACUACAUUUCUUUUUUGCAUUUAUUGUGUUAUCUCGACAUGUGUCUGAGUUUCUCGUACCUAUAGCGCUGAACGUGACAAACUUGUUCUCCCGCGGGUUGAUGUUCUUGUCAUAGGGCCUGUUCCCCCACAUGUGAGCCGCGCUGUUAACCAGCCAGGUGGCGUUCAGCACCAAGGUGUACCGCAGCAGAGCAGGGAUGAAGUAGGCCACCCAUAAAGACUCCCCCCACAGGUACCAAGGCACAAACAUGGGGAUGAAGAAGCACAUGAGCAGCACGGACAGCUUGUAGUGCCUAAAGAAAGUGGGCGGAGAGGAGAACGAAUGGAGCUGUUUACACAGUGCGCGACACAAAUGUCCUCAUUGUCAGACCCUUUCUUCACAUGACAGUGAACACACAAGCCAACAUAGAUAACAUGACAUAUAACUGUCAGCCUGCUAAACCAGAAUUACUCACGGAUCUGUUCCUGUAUAGACAUAUCUCUGGCAGUUGAAAGCAAACUGUUGUGGGUGGAGGAGUUUUUUUGAGCUAAUUAUUCUUUAUUUGAUGUUGUUUGAGACUAGAUUUACUAUUGUCUUCUUUUCUAGUCAAAUUAAUAAAGCAUUUUAUCAUAUUU